CUUUAGCGCGCAAAAAUUUCAAAAUGUUGCUCCGGGUGUUGAGAGGCGGCCAAGUGUGGUCCUCAGGAAGUGUCCAUCACGUUGAUCCGAUGUAUUCGAGUACAUAACCCAACAUUCUUCCAACCUUUGCCGUCGAAUCUCCACAUUGCCUGUGUGGUGCGUCUUCCUUUCUUUCCGCUUUUGUAUCUGAAGUCUGAGGCUUCAGCGAACAGCCGAAGGAACAGCCGUGGGAGAGCCAGUCACGGUUUAAAAAUCAGUGAUGUGGUUUUCGUUGUUUGGAAAAAUCACUCUGGGAGCGACAUAAAAAGAGAAAUGAAAGGGACCAAGGAGUUUUUUUUUUUUUUUUUUUUUUUCUCUUCAGGAGACGAGGAGAAGAUGUGACCCGAGGUAACAGUGGGAAGAAGAUAGGAAAGUUUGGGAAGAUAGGAAUAUUUGAGGACCCACAGGACGCCUGUGCAAGCACUGGAUUUUUCUGUACAAUGUCACUAAGGAAGCCGGUUGUGAGCCAAGGGGAAGGCAGAAAACAGCUGUGAAUAUGUUUCCAAGCUUUCCUGGCGGUUUAUGGCAUUCUCCAAACUCCUGUGCAAGGACGGUGGCUCAUCGAGAAGACCCAAGGAGGCUGUUCGUGGGAUCAAGUCUGGAUGAAGGAAGCCUCGUUCUUCUUUUCUUAUCCAGAACUAAGAGGAAAAAAAUGAAUAUGGUUUUUGCUCACAGAAUGGAUAACAGCAAGCCAGCUUUGGUCACUCCUACCCUUCUGGUGCCCCUCCACAACCACAGCUCCACCGACACCACCGCCCCUGUGCCAAGCCUCGGCCUGACUCACUCACAGGAGGAGCCCAACUGGAUGAGCAAUGGAACAGACCUUCGACACGCGCCGAAACCCGGGGAAGUGGCCACGGCCAGCGUUUUCUUUGGGACUCUGUGGUUAUUUUCCAUCUUUGGCAAUUCUCUGGUCUGCCUGGUCAUCCAUAGGAGCAGAAGGACCCAGUCUACCACGAACUACUUCGUGGUCUCCAUGGCCUGCGCUGAUCUUCUCAUCAGCGUCGCCAGCACGCCAUUCGUCCUGCUCCAGCUGGCCACGGGCCGGUGGGCGCUGGGCAGCGCCAUGUGCAAGGCCGUGCGGUAUUUCCAGUACCUCACGCCAGGGGUGCAGGUCUAUGUGCUCCUCUCCAUCUGCAUAGACCGCUUCUACACCAUCGUCUACCCCCUGAGCUUCAAGGUGACCAGAGAGAAAGCCAAGAGAAUGAUCGCAGCCUCCUGGAUCUUCGAGGCAGCCUUUGUGAGCCCAGUGUUGUUCCUCUACGGCUCCAACUGGGACGGCCAUUGUAACUACUUCCUGCCUUCCUCUUGGGAAGGAACCGCCUAUACUGUUAUCCACUUCUUGGUAGGCUUUGUGAUUCCAUCUGUCCUCAUCAUCUUAUUUUACCAAAAGGUCAUAAAGUAUAUUUGGAGAAUAGGCACUGACGGCCGAACAGUGAGGAGGACAAUGAACAUUGUCCCAAGGACAAAAGUCAAAACUAUCAAGAUGUUCCUCAUUUUAAAUCUAUUGUUUCUGCUCUCCUGGCUGCCUUUUCAUGUAGCUCAGCUGUGGCACCCCCACGAACAAGACUAUAAGAAAAGUUCCCUUGUUUUCACAGCUGUCACAUGGAUAUCCUUUAGUUCUUCAGCCUCCAAGCCUACUCUGUAUUCAAUUUAUAAUGCCAAUUUCAGGCGAGGGAUGAAAGAGACUUUUUGCAUGUCCUCGAUGAAAUGUUACCGAAGCAAUGCCUAUACGAUCACCACGAGCUCAAGGAUAGCCAAAAAAAACUAUGUCGGCAUCUCAGAAAUCCCUCCCAUGGCUAAAACGGUAACCAAAGACUCAAUCUAUGAUUCCUUUGACAGAGAAGCCAAGGAAAAAAAGCUCGCUUGGCCCAUUAACUCAAACCCACCAAAUACUUUUGUCUAAUUUCUCAGAAUCCUUUCGAUUAUUGUUAUGCACCAGAGAUUAAAAAAGCUUUAACUACAAAAA